CCGAGUAUUAUUUUUCACGCAAUAUCGUAUAUGAAACGGAAAUUUGAAAAAUUCAAUUCAGUCACGCUUUAAAAAGCUUUGAAAACUUCAAUUUGCAUUGCCUCAAUAAAACCAUUAAUCAUUGAUAUCAAAUUAAUAAAAGCAAAGUAUAGCAAAAUGUCCUGCUUGUGUCAAUAUUUUGUGACAUCGAAAAAUCACAAGUUCAUUGGACACAGCACGGACGGCAGUGACCUUUCAGUGUUCACACAAAAUCCGCUGGCACUAACAAAGGAGGAACACAAGCGGGAGGAAGUCACCAAAUUGAACGAAGAAGUGUCUGCUACCGAAUUGGCGGCGGCCAAAGCGGAAAUUUGGGUACUCAAAAAACAUCUCAACGAAGCACAAAUCUCGGUAGAGAACCUGGAGAAUCUUGUACGCACCAUUAUACUCAAACAGAACGAGCUGUUGGGCGAAAUGUACGAAUUGAAGAAUCAGAAUUAUGAAUUGCAAGAUGAAUGCCGUAUGCAACGCGAUUAUCAGAUGAUGGAACGAAAUGCUAUGAUGCGUGAAAUGCACGAUAUCAAAACGCUGCUCGGCGAUCGCACGCGCUUAUUGGAGGACACUGUCGCACGCAAUUCAGAGUUGACCUCCGCUCUGCAGGAUGCUAACGAAAAAAUCUAUAUGAUGGGCAUGAAGUUUUUGAAAUUGAAAGCAUCGCGUUCGAAACAUGUUAAUGCCUCACAUACUACAUCGGGUAGUAAUACAGAACGUUCGAAUUCGGGUUGAUAUGUAUUUAGCUAUAUGGUCAUAAAUGUAUAUGGCUAGCUUUUAGUUGAAUAUCGCUUCAAAUUGUCCGUUUUUGUACAAAUGUUUAUUUUACUAUGUCUUUAUAUUAUAAUUUAACAAAUAUUUUAGAUGAUGAAUAAAUGCUGUAAAAAAUAAAAAAAUGUCAAAUCAAAUCAAAAAUA